AUGGCACAAUCAGUGCUGGUACCACCAGGACCCGACAGCUUCCGCUACUUCACAAGAGAAUCCCUUGCAGCUAUUGAACAGCGUAUCAAUGAAGAGAAAGCUCAAAAAUCCAAACAAGAGCGCAAAGAUGAUGAUGAUGAAGAUGGCCCAAAGCCAAACAGUGACUUGGAGGCAGGAAAGACCCUGCCAUUUAUUUACGGCGACAUACCUCCAGGAAUGGUGUCCGAGCCCUUGGAAGACCUGGACCCAUAUUAUAUCAAUAAAAAAACCUUUAUAGUAUUAAAUAAAGGAAAGGCAAUAUUCCGAUUCAGUGCCACCUCUGCCCUGUACAUGUUAACUCCUUUCAAUCCUCUUAGAAAAAUAGCUAUUAAGAUUUUGGUACAUUCAUUAUUCAGCAUGCUUAUCAUGUGCACUAUUUUGACCAACUGCGUAUUUAUGACCAUGAGUAACCCUCCAGACUGGACAAAGAAUGUAGAAUACACAUUCACUGGAAUUUAUACGUUUGAAUCACUUAUUAAAAUUCUUGCAAGGGGCUUCUGUUUAGAAGAUUUUACGUUUCUCCGUGACCCAUGGAAUUGGCUAGAUUUCACUGUUAUUACAUUUGCAUAUGUGACAGAGUUUGUGGACCUGGGCAAUGUCUCAGCGUUGAGAACAUUCAGAGUUCUCCGAGCUUUGAAAACAAUAUCAGUCAUUCCAGGCUUGAAGACUAUUGUAGGAGCCCUGAUUCAGUCUGUGAAGAAGCUCUCGGAUGUGAUGAUCCUGACUGUGUUUUGUCUCAGUGUAUUUGCACUGAUAGGGCUGCAGCUGUUCAUGGGCAACCUGAGGAAUAAAUGCCUGCAGUGGCCUCCAGACAAUUCUACUUUUGAAACAACUGUUAUUUCCAUCUUUAAUAGCUCUAUAGGUGAAAAUGGUACAUUUAUUAAUGCAACAAUGACAACAUUUAACUGGGAUGAAUACAUUGAAGACAAAAGUCAUUUCUACUUCUUAGAAGGACAAAAUGAUGCACUGCUGUGUGGCAAUAGCUCAGAUGCAGGUCAAUGCCCAGAAGGAUAUAUAUGUGUGAAAGCUGGCAGAAAUCCCAACUAUGGCUACACAAGUUUUGAUACAUUCAGUUGGGCAUUCUUGUCACUGUUUCGAUUGAUGACUCAGGACUUUUGGGAGAAUCUUUACCAGCUGACACUGCGUGCUGCUGGGAAGACAUACAUGAUAUUUUUUGUUUUGGUCAUUUUCCUGGGUUCUUUCUACCUAAUCAACUUGAUCCUGGCUGUGGUUGCCAUGGCCUACGAAGAACAGAACCAAGCAACAAUGGAAGAAGCAGAGCAGAAAGAGGCAGAAUUUCAGCAAAUGCUGGAACAACUGAAAAAGCAACAGGAAGAAGCUCAGGCGGCAGCAGCAGCUGCAGCAGCUGACUCAAGAGAUUAUAGCGGAGUUGGUGGAAUAGGUGGAUUCUCCGAAAGUUCUUCUGAGGCAUCAAAACUGAGCUCAAAGAGUGCUAAAGAGAGAAGGAAUAGAAGAAAGAAAAAAAAGCAAAAAGAACAAUCUGAAGGCGAGGAGAAGGAUGGGGAAGAAUUUCACAAAUCGGCAUCAGAGGACAGCAUCAAAAAGAAAGGCUUCCGAUUUUCCAUUGAGGGGAAUAGACUGACAUAUGAAAAGAGAUUCUCUUCCCCACACCAGUCUUUGCUGAGCAUUCGUGGCUCCCUGUUUUCCCCAAGGCGCAACAGCAGAACAAGUCUUUUCAGCUUCAGAGGUCGAGCAAAGGACGUAGGAUCAGAAAAUGACUUUGCUGAUGAUGAGCACAGCACUUUUGAAGACAACGAGAGCAGAAGAGAUUCUCUCUUUGUCCCUCAUAGACAUGGUGAACGGCGCAACAGCAACAUUAGUCAGGCCAGUAGGUCAUCCAGAACAGUUCCUGCACUUCCAGCAAACGGGAAGAUGCACAGCACUGUGGAUUGCAAUGGAGUGGUGUCUUUAGUUGGUGGGCCGCCAGCUUUGACAUCGCCUACGGGACAGCUUCUGCCAGAGGUGAUGAUUGAUAAAGCAGCCACUGCUAGCAAUGGCACUACUACAGAAACUGACUUAAGAAAGAGACAUUCUAGUUCUUACCAUGUUCCUAUGGACUACCUAACAGACCCUAGUGCAAGGCAAAGAGCAAUGAGUAUAGCCAGCAUGCUUACAAACACAAUGGAAGAACUGGAAGAAUCCAGACAGAAAUGUCCACCAUGCUGGUAUAAAUUUGCUAACACUUGCUUAAUUUGGGACUGCUGUACUCCCUGGCUGAAAGUCAAACAUAUAGUAAAUUUGAUUGUGAUGGACCCAUUUGUUGAUCUGGCCAUUACCAUCUGCAUCGUCCUGAACACCCUGUUCAUGGCCAUGGAGCACUACCCAAUGACAGAACAGUUUAGUGGGGUGCUUUCAGUAGGAAACCUUGUGUUUACUGGAAUUUUCACAGCAGAAAUGUUUCUCAAGAUAAUUGCCAUGGAUCCUUAUUAUUAUUUCCAAGAGGGCUGGAAUAUUUUUGAUGGUUUUAUUGUGAGUCUUAGUUUAAUGGAACUUGGCCUUGCAAAUGUAGAAGGAUUAUCUGUUCUUCGGUCAUUCAGAUUGCUUCGAGUUUUCAAACUGGCAAAAUCUUGGCCAACUCUAAAUAUGCUGAUUAAGAUUAUUGGCAACUCAGUGGGGGCUCUGGGGAAUCUGACCCUGGUGCUGGCCAUCAUCGUGUUCAUUUUCGCUGUGGUUGGGAUGCAGCUCUUUGGGAAGAGCUACAAGGAAUGUGUCUGUAAGAUCUCCAGUGACUGUGUGCUCCCUCGCUGGCACAUGCACGACUUUUUCCACUCUUUCCUGAUUGUAUUCCGAGUGCUGUGUGGAGAAUGGAUAGAAACCAUGUGGGACUGCAUGGAGGUUGCAGGCCAAGCCAUGUGCCUUACAGUCUUCAUGAUGGUCAUGGUGAUUGGAAACCUAGUGGUACUCAACCUAUUUCUGGCCUUGCUGCUGAGCUCAUUUAGUUCAGACAAUCUUGCUGCUACUGACGACGAUAAUGAAAUGAACAAUCUCCAGAUUGCUGUGGCAAGGAUUCAGAAAGGCAUUGAUUAUGUGAAGAGAAAAGUGCGUGAAUUCAUCCAAAAAGCCUUUGUUAGAAAACAGAAAGCUUUAGAUGAAAUCAAACCUCUUGAAGACCUGAACAAUAAAAAAGACAGCUGUAUUUCCAACCAUACAAUAGUAGAUAUAGGUAAAAACCUUGCCUAUCUCAAAGACGGGAAUGGAACUACCAGUGGCAUAGGCAGCAGUGUGGAAAAAUAUGUUGUUGAUGAAAGUGAUUACAUGUCAUUCAUAAACAACCCAAGUCUCACCGUGACAGUGCCCAUUGCUGUUGGAGAAUCAGAUUUUGAAAAUUUAAACACAGAGGAGUUCAGCAGUGAAUCAGACCUGGAAGAAAGCAAAGAGAAAUUGAAUGCAUCCAGUUCAUCAGAAGGCAGCACAGUUGAUAUUGGACUACCUCCAGAAGGUGAACAGCCAGAAGCAGAACCAGAAGAAGUUCUAGAGCCAGAAGCUUGUUUCACAGAAGGGUGUGUACGGAGAUUCAAAUGCUGUCAAGUCAGUGUAGAAGAAGGAAAGGGGAAAAUCUGGUGGAAUCUUAGGAAAACCUGCUAUAAGAUUGUUGAACACAACUGGUUUGAGACCUUCAUAGUCUUCAUGAUUCUUCUCAGCAGUGGUGCUCUGGCAUUUGAAGAUAUCUACAUAGAACAACGUAAAACUAUCAAGACCAUGCUGGAAUAUGCUGACAAAGUUUUCACCUAUAUCUUCAUUCUGGAAAUGCUUUUAAAAUGGGUUGCUUAUGGCUUUCAAACUUAUUUCACUAAUGCAUGGUGCUGGCUGGACUUCCUGAUUGUUGAUGUCUCUUUGGUUAGCUUAACAGCUAAUGCCUUGGGCUACUCAGAACUUGGUGCGAUUAAAUCCCUUAGGACACUAAGAGCUUUGAGACCUCUAAGAGCCUUGUCGCGAUUUGAAGGGAUGAGGGUUGUGGUGAAUGCCCUGUUGGGAGCAAUUCCAUCUAUUAUGAAUGUGCUUCUUGUUUGCCUUAUAUUCUGGCUGAUAUUUAGUAUCAUGGGAGUAAAUCUAUUUGCUGGAAAGUUUUACUACUGUGUUAACACUACAACCGAUGAGAGAUUUGAUAUCAGCCAAAUUAACAACUUUAGUCAAUGUGAGGAGCUCAUACAAAACAAUGAAACUGCCCGGUGGAAGAAUGUGAAGGUUAACUUUGACAACGUAGGCCUUGGUUACCUUUCUCUGCUCCAAGUGGCUACAUUUAAAGGAUGGAUGGAUAUCAUGUACGCAGCUGUGGAUUCUCGGAAUGUUUUGGAUCAGCCCAAGUAUGAAGAUAACCUGUACAUGUAUCUUUACUUUGUCAUCUUUAUCAUCUUUGGAUCAUUUUUUACCUUGAACCUUUUUAUUGGUGUCAUAAUAGACAAUUUCAACCAGCAGAAAAAGAAGUUUGGAGGUCAAGACAUUUUCAUGACAGAAGAACAGAAGAAAUACUACAAUGCAAUGAAAAAAUUGGGUUCCAAGAAACCACAAAAGCCUAUACCUCGACCAGCAAACAAAUUCCAAGGGAUGGUCUUUGAUUUUGUAACAAAACAAGCAUUUGAUAUCAGUAUCAUGAUACUCAUCUGCCUUAACAUGGUCACAAUGAUGGUAGAAACAGAUGAUCAGAGUGAAGAAAUGGAAAACAUUUUAUAUUGGAUUAACCUGGUGUUUAUCGUACUUUUCACUGGAGAAUUUGUCCUGAAAUUGAUUUCACUUCGUCAUUACUACUUUACUAUAGGUUGGAAUAUUUUUGAUUUUGUGGUUGUGAUUCUCUCCAUAGUAGGUAUGUUUUUGGCUGAGAUGAUUGAGAAGUACUUUGUAUCCCAGAACUCCACUCCAGAAAAAACAGAUAUGACCCCAUCCACAACCUCCCCACCCUCUUAUGACAGUGUAACAAAGCCAGACAAGGAUAAAUAUGAAAAAGACAAGUCAGAAAAAGAAGAUAAAGGUAAAGACAGCAGGGAAAGUAAAAAGUAA